AUGACAAUUGACGCAUCCGAAGAUUAUACAGCCCCGACCACGGAAAUCGAACACUACUUCACAAGCCAAUCCUUCAUCACGUAUCCACGAAAGAUAGAAGACAUGCUAACAUCAAUAUGUCACUCAAACCAUCUUCAAGCACAGGGCGAGCCUCUAGCAAGCAACUAUGCAGCUCGUCCUUUCGCCUCUCUUUUACCCUUACUGAAAGAAAAACAACGCCUCGUUUUCGCCACAGAGCGGCACGCUACUGGAUACGAUAUCUAUCUAUCUAUCUAUCUAUCUAUCUAUCUAUCUAUCUAUCUGUAUCUAUGCAUCGCAGUCUUUUCAAAUCUAUCUAUCUAUCUAUCUAUCUAUCUAUCUAUCUAUCUAUCUAUCUAUCUAUCUGUAUGUAUGUAUGCCUGUCUGUAUGUAUGUAUGUCCCAGUCUUUUCAAAUCUAUCUAUCUAUCUAUCUAUCUAUCUAUCUGACUGGCCUAGUCUUUUUUAAUCUAUCUAUCUAUCUAUCUAUCUAUCUAUCUAUCUAUCUAUCUAUCUAUCUGUCGCAGUCUUUUCAAAUUCUAUCUAUCUAUCUAUCUAUCCUAGUCUUUUCUAAUAUCUAA